AUGCUAGAAAAGCCUAAAAGGAGAAAUCUACGUAAAGAACACGAGUGUGAAACCUGUCGUUUACAGUGCAACUUUAUGUUAACUCGUGGGAUCUUAAUUUUUAUUUUAUUUUCUCUAGGAGCUCCCACUCCUACGUCGCAUUUCCCCCUCCACAGCCUGGCACCCUCCAGUGAACAUCCCCUCCGUUACGGAGUACUGGAACCACCACUGCAGACAUGGCAACCGCGAAGUACAAUUCCAGGGUACCCGCAUCCCCGCAGUUCUGGCAUUUCUACAGUUGCUCUCCCUCCUGUUCACUCUGGGUAUCUUCCUGUGCGUGGAAUGCUGGAACCGCCACAACAGAGAGUUCAGCCCCAAAAUACAAUGGCGUGUGAUUUAAAUCUCGAAGGUUCCGCUGUCACUUACCCGCAAGAAAUCCCGGCAUUUGUUCCUCCACGGGGAAUGCAAGGAGCGCGUCUUCAUGGAUUGCAAUCGCAAAUUACGAUGUCAGAUGAUCCAUAUCUCAUUGGUCCUGGCGUACCAACCCAUACCCACUCCACAGUUAAUUUGGAAAGUCUCCUCCCUCAUGAAACGCUGCGAUCCCCGCAGUAUGGAUUUCAUUCGCAAAGUGCUAGUCCAAGUUAUCCGCAACUUCAAUUUAGUGUUCCUGUUACGUCUUCCGUGAUACACACGCCAUUAAUCCCCGGAAACCGCAUGAGAGCCCCACUGCUGGCAUCGCAGCCACAAAGUACAAGUUCAGGUGAUCCUUACCUUAGUGGUCCUGUCACGCCUUCAGUCACGCACCCGCAAGUAAUCCCCGGAUAUUCUUACCCGUAUGGAAACCGCAUGAGAACCCCACUGCUGGCACCGCAACCGCAAAGUGCAAGUUCAGGUGGUCUACAUCUUAGUGGUCCUGUUACGUCUUCAGUCAGGCACCCGGCAGUAAACCCCGGAUAUUCUGACCCGUACGGAAACCGCAUGAGAACCCCACUGCGGGCACCGCAGCCGCAAAGUGCAAGUCCAGGUGAUUCGUUUAUUAGUGGUCCCAUUACGUCUUCAGUCACGCACCUGCCAGUAAUUCCCGGUUUUCUUUCUCCGCACGGAAUACUAAGUUCACCACCGUCUGGUAUGCUGGGAGGAAGUUCAGAAGUUCAACACGAACGAAAUCCUUCGACUGAAUCUGAUACUCGGCCCAGCCAAUAA